CAGAAUUAACGGCUCCAUACACAACACACAAGGACACCGUGCGAGCGAGAGCAGCAGCACGCGCAAGGAGGUGCACCUGUAAUCCAUGCUGCUGAUAGUGUGAGAGCAUCCAGCAGAAGAGAGAGGAGAUAUUUUAAACCACGCGCAUACCCAUGCUUGGGAUUUGGCUUUGUUUUUCUUCGCUAAUGCAAAAGGAAAUAUGCAGCGAAGCUUCACACUGCUUUGCACCAGUUUUCUGGGAUUGUGCUUCGGUUCCAGUUUCCCAAGUAAUAUCAACAUAGGAGGGUUAUUCCCAGCCGAAUCGCACGAAUAUGAGGUGUUUCGGUUCGCGCUCUCGCAUCACCAGGAUAUCCCCAAAUUGGUACCUCAAGUGGAUAUGGUCAAAAUGGGGAAUAGCUUCUCCAUGACAUAUGCUUUCUGUUCACAGUUUUCAAAAGGAGUGUAUGCCAUCAUUGGGGUGUACGACAGGAAGACCGUGAACAUGCUGAUGUCAUUCUGUGGUGCGCUACACGUCUGCUUUGUGACACCCAGCUUCCCCAUGGAAAACUCCAACCAGUUCGUCAUCCAGCUGAGACCCGAAUUGCAGGAUGCCCUGGUGGGUGUUAUUGAACACUACAAGUGGAGCAAUUUCGUCUACAUGUACAGCUCAGACUCUGGACUGUCAGUUCUGCAGAAGGUUCUGGAUACAGCAGCAGAGCGUAACUGGCUGGUGACCUCUGUGAAUGUGGAGACAAUGACAGAAGCUUCCUUCCUCAAAGUGUUCCAGGACCUCGAUGAAAGGAAAGAGGGCCAGAUCAUCAUCGACUGUGAGCUGGAGAGACUUACCUCCAUCCUGAAAAAGAUCGUCGAGCAGGGCAAGAACGUAAAGAGUUACCACUACAUACUUGCAAACCUGGGUUUUCUGGACAUCGACCUGACAGAGUUUAAGAAGAGUGAGGCUAAUGUAAUAGGGUUCCAGCUGGUGAACUACGCAGACCCAAACAUCAGCAGGAUAGUGCAGCAGUGGAUGGACUUUGACAACAAAGAUGCCAAAGUUCCUAAACGAGGACUGAAGUACACUGGAGCUCUCACAUAUGAUGGGGUCAAAGUCAUGUCCACAGCCUUCCAGAAUCUCCGUCGGCAGAGGAUAGAUAUUUCUCGCCGUGGAAAUGCUGGAGAAUGCCUGGCCAACCCACCAGCACCUUGGGGCCAAGGCAUCGAUAUUCAGCGAGCACUUCAGCAGGUUCGGAUCGAGGGCUUAACGGGACACAUUCAGUUUAAUGAGAAAGGACGACGGACAAACUACACUGUCAGUGUGAUGGAACUCAGGCCGACAGGUCCAAAGAAAGUGGGUUACUGGAAUGAGGAUGAGAAAUUUGUGAGCACGGCAGCCUACAUGCCCGGAAGUAAUGAGACUUACGGACUUCAAAACCGCACAUAUAUUGUUACCACUAUUCUGGAAUCGCCAUAUGUUAUGCUGAAGAAGAACCAUGAGCAGUUAACAGGAAAUGAUAAGUAUGAAGGUUAUUGUGUGGAGCUGGCCGCAGAGAUAGCCAAACAUGUGGGAUACAACUACUCACUCAAGAUAGUGGCUGAUGGGAAAUAUGGCGCCAGAGAUCCUGAUACCAAGAUGUGGAACGGGAUGGUGGGAGAGCUUGUUUAUGGUAAAGCUGACGUAGCGGUGGCCCCACUAACAAUCACCCUGGUCAGAGAGGAAGUCAUUGAUUUCUCCAAGCCCUUCAUGAGCCUUGGCAUCUCCAUCAUGAUCAAAAAGCCCACCAAGUCCAAGCCCGGCGUUUUCUCAUUCCUGGACCCUCUGGCCUAUGAGAUCUGGAUGUGUAUUGUGUUUGCCUACAUUGGCGUGAGCGUGGUGCUUUUCCUGGUCAGCCGCUUCAGUCCAUACGAGUGGCACGCAGAUGACUAUGAGGAAGGAGCUGAGCAGAACCCUAACCAGCCCUCCUCAUUAUCAGCACAACUGGGUCAGGGCCAACAGAACCAGAACCAGCAGAGUCAGGAGCAGACCAAUGAGUUCGGCAUCUUCAACAGUCUCUGGUUCUCAUUGGGAGCAUUCAUGCAGCAGGGCUGUGAUAUUUCUCCCAGGUCUCUCUCUGGUCGAAUCGUGGGUGGUGUGUGGUGGUUCUUCACCCUAAUCAUCAUCUCCUCGUACACAGCCAAUCUCGCAGCUUUUCUCACAGUAGAGAGGAUGGUGUCGCCCAUCGAGAGCGCUGAGGACCUAGCCAAACAGACUGAGAUUGCUUAUGGAACUCUAGAUGCCGGCUCCACCAAAGAGUUCUUCAGGAGGUCAAAGAUUGCAGUAUUUGAGAAGAUGUGGUCCUACAUGAAGUCAGCAGACCCCUCAGUGUUUGUGAAAACCACAGAUGAAGGAGUUAUACGAGUGAGGAAAUCCAAAGGGAAGUAUGCAUACCUGCUGGAAUCCACCAUGAAUGAGUACAUCGAGCAGCGAAAGCCCUGUGACACUAUGAAGGUCGGAGGGAACCUGGACUCCAAAGGCUACGGCAUUGCCACACCUAAAGGAUCUCCUCUCAGAAACCCAGUAAACCUGGCAGUGUUAAAACUGAAUGAACAAGGCCUGUUGGACAAAUUGAAAAACAAAUGGUGGUACGACAAGGGAGAGUGUGGCAGCGGAGGAGGUGAUUCCAAGGACAAGACGAGUGCUCUUAGCCUCAGCAAUGUGGCUGGGGUCUUCUACAUUCUGAUCGGCGGUCUGGGUCUGGCUAUGCUGGUGGCCCUGGUGGAGUUCUGCUACAAGUCCAGAACAGAAUCCCGCAGAAUGAAGCAAUCCAUCAACGACGCCAUGCGCUGCUCCACCCUUACCAGGAUGAGCAGGAACGGUAGCGGCGGGGAGAACGGGCGGAUCGUCACACAUGACUUCCCAAAAGCUGUGCAGACGCUGCCGUGCAUGAGCCACUCGGCAAGCAUGGGCCUAGGAGCCUCUGGCAUGUGACCAGCCUGAUGGAGCACCACGCGUCACAUGUAACGCACGGACCUCCCGUUCACCUGCCGUCUGCCCUUGUGUCUGUCUGCCCGCAACAGACAUGCUGUACUGCCAAAAUGCACUCUUUAAGACUCUGCUCAGUGAACAGCCACCAAUAAAACUCUUUUCUAUAGAAAAACAAGAAGAAAACAAAACAUUUAAAAAAAAAAAAAAGUGUUGCAAUAACAAGCCUGUGGGACUUUUUUGGUAAAACAAGUGUUCGUUUAUGUCAUGAAUUUAAAAAAACAAAACAGUCUUGUGUCUGGUUUGACACUUGCGCUGUGCCAAUAUUAUAAACCUGUUUACUUCUGAGUGUGCAAUAUUUUAGUUAAUAUCAGUGUUCAGCAGUGUUGUCUCUUAAUUGACUUUCUUUACAAAGAUUAGAUCACAGAGAUGUUUUUGCACAGAUAUGUUCUCAAUAAUGAAAGUUCCGUUUCCUUUCUUGCUAGAAAAGAGAGUAAUCGAAUUAGUUUUGCUAAUGGAAAAGCUCAUAUUAAUUUAUGUGGAUCCAGUACCCCGCACUGAAAGACACCAUUGCUCCUUUCCACCCUUAACGUCUGUCACUCUGAAUAUUGAAAAUGUCAAGCAACAUAUCAGCUCAUUCAACAACUUGUCGAUAAUGUAAAUAAUCCAAUGUAAAUCUGAAAAUGAGUGAGAGGUCAUUUGAUUUGUUGUUGAUCAGUAGAGCAUAGCUGAACUGGACUUGAUUAUUUUGCUGUGUUUUCCCAACUCAAGGACAUUGCAUAGCUGCUACGCCUCGUUUCAGGCGCCAUACCUCAUCUGAGAUUGGAGACUCAGAGUGAGCCGCCACAUGCUUGAUUGCCUCUUCAUUGGGAGCUCUCGCAGGAAGGAUGUAUCAAAUUUAACCUCUGUUAAAAUGUUUUAGGCACCUGACAUUAUAUGUACUUUAAUGAGUUGUCCCCAGUACACAUCACUGGAUCUCACUGAAGUGAAGCCAUUGAGAGUACAUUUUGAGAAGUUAUUCUUAAAUGGUGUUUCUUCAACACUGACAUGGUCCCUUUCACUUUUUUAUGAUUCAUUCACAUGGCUUAUGACUAGGCCUGCACAAAAUUUCAGCAGAUUUCUGCAAAAUUUGAAUGGCCAUAACUCGUUUGUACACAUUACCUUUCCCUUUUGUGUGUUUAUUAAAAGACCACAUGAAAUGGCUACCAAUGUUGCUCCCAAAAGCCCAAAUCUCAAACAGUGACAUUUCUUGAUGAAAAUCAUUAACUCAAGCUCAAAACUGCAACAAAAUUGGCAAAAUAUCUUAGAAUGAAUGCUGAAAUAAAUGUGUUCAUUUAUAUUGCAAAUAUCUGCACUUGUGCUCGACAGCGGCACUUUUACAUUUCAUAUGCUGUCAAUCAUUUAUAUUUCAGUUAUUGGCUGUUUAUUGAAAAUUCAUGCCCAUUUAAGAGCUUGACCAAUCAUCAUAUUAAGAAGUCAGGCUUCCAGGCAGGACAAAAAUAUAUUGAUUGAAAGCCCAAUGUUCAGUAAGCAACUAGAUGCAGAUACAAUGCAAACACUAGUCUUAAAGCUCCUGUGUGAAAUACUGGUGAAACAUGAAUAGGCCGUUCUGCCCUGUAUACUGUACACACUGUGCGAUAUAGUUCCUCAUGAGAUGAUGUUAGUGGAGAUGUCAUUGAUCUGCUACUGGGGCCAAGUUGACCUUUCAGAGCUCCAGGCUUUAUCACUGCAGGCUUUCAGAACAUGGCUUCCAGGUCCACAUAAACAGCUCUGUCUAUUCAGUUUUUCCCUGCACACUGUCAUUGUUCCGCAAAGCAGGACACACUGUGUGGCUAUCAUAAAACGUAUAUUUCUCUGGCUUUUUCUUUCCGGUUUCUUGUCAUGUGUUUUAAUAGACACAGAACACUGCAGUCCUUUAUGGACACAUGAGAGCAGUAUUUUAUAAGCAGUAAAAAAAUAAAUAAAGUUGAAGUGAUACAUUUAACAUUUAUACCGCUGUGAGAUUUUGAAGAGCUGAUUGAACUAGUGUUUUACACAUGUAGUAUGCUGAGGCAAUGGUACAUGGAUAUUCAUACUAAGGAUGUUGAUUUUGAUUAGUUAAAAGAGAGAAAUCUGGUUCUUUGUCUUUCUGCUAUAACAAUGUUAAAAGAUACUUAUUUCGGGGUAUUUUGAUGCAAAUGUAUUCUACAUACUCAUCGAUCUCUUGACUAUUCCACAGUCUUGAUUGAUUUAUUGGGACACUUUUUUUAUUUUUUUGUUUCUUUUAUCACAAAAGAGAGAUGUGGUUGAACACAAUUUAUUGGGAAAUACAUUCAGUCAAUAAUGAAUAAAACAAAAUAAAAUACAACUUUUCUAACCAGU